AUGAAGUCAUGGAAACGUAAAUGGGUACGUUUGACGAAGACUGAUGUAUAUGUGUUUGAUAGUCCAACUAAGAAUACUCCCAUAUUAACAAUCCCACUUCAAAGAACUGUUGUUUCUUUAGUUGCUUCAAUGGGAGAUAGUUAUUUAAAAUUAGACUCAAAGAAAUUAGGAAAACAAUUUAUUUUUAAUGCCCCAUGUAAAGAUCAAGCAGAAAGAUGGGUUACUGCUAUUAAUAAUACUAUUGAUGCUAGUCUUACUAGACCAUCUGGAAUGACACAAGUAGUACAUGUAGAUUUUGACCCUAAUCUUGGAUAUAUUGGACUUCCACCUGAAUGGGAAAGAUUCCUUAAUGAAGGAGGUAUUACUACUGAUGAAUAUAAAAAGAAUAAAGAUGUUGUUGAUGAUGUAUUAAAUUUCCAAAUUCAACGACAAGGAGAUAAAACUAACCUUCCUUCAGUUCCUGCUCCUAUUUCUCAACCUAAACAAUCUAAGGCUGUAGUAGAGCCAUUACCAGAAGAUGUUGAAAAAGUUCAAUUAAAAGAUGUUACAAUUGAACAAGAUCCAAGAGAGUUUUAUUCUGAUUUUGAAAAAAUUGGAGAAGGUGCUUCAGGAGAAGUUUUUUCUGCAAAAAGAAAAGCUGAUGGAAUUGUUGUUGCUUUGAAACAAAUGGAAGUAAACAAUGACAAUGAAAAAUUAAUUGCAACUGAAAUUAGUUUAAUGAAAGGAUGUAAACAUGAUAACGUUGUUACAUUCUAUGAGGCAUUCUAUUUACCAGCUAAAAAACUUAUGUGGAUGUCAAUGGAAUAUAUGGAUGGAGGAUGUCUCACUGAUAUAUUAGAAAAUCAUGAUAUUAUUGAAAUGACUGAACCACAAAUUGCUUAUGUCUGUCGUGAAACAUUAAGAGCAUUAAAUUUCAUUCAUGGACUACAUUGUAUUCAUAGAGAUAUUAAAUCAGAUAAUAUGUUACUUACUAAUGAUGGACAUGUUAAACUGGCUGAUUUUGGUUAUGCAGCUCAAUUAAAUCAAAAACAAAAAAAUAGAAAUACAGUAGUUGGUACUCCUUAUUGGAUGGCACCCGAAUUAAUUCGUGGUCAUGAUUAUGGUGUAAAAAUUGAUAUUUGGUCAUUAGGAAUUAUGGUAAUGGAAAUGGCAGAAGGAGAUCCUCCCUAUAUGGAAUUCCCACCAUUACGUGCUUUAUUCUUAAUUACAACUAAAGGAAUUCCUCCUUUGAAAAAUGCAGAAAAAUGGAGUAGGGAUAUGAAUGGAUUCGUUGCUCGUUGUUUGGAAACUAUUCCUGAUAAUAGGGCUGAUUCCGAAGAAUUACUCCAACAUCCAUUUAUGAAAAUUGCAUGUGAAAAUACAGAUUUUGCACAAUUAAUUGCUGAUGUGAGAAAGCUUGCAUAA